AUGAACGAUGAACUUAAAAAAGCAGCUAUUUUUGAACGAUCAACUCGUAAGGUGAUCUUGACUGGUAGUGAAACGGCUGAACAGGCAAAAGAAGCAGAAGAACAACAAGUCAUGAUCCCUCGUCCUCCUACUUUUAAAGAUGUUCAUCAACAACGCAUUCAUUUCAAACAACGGUUGGCGGCUGGCUUCCGUUUAUUGGCCAAGUUUGGUUGGGAUGAAGGCGUAGCAGGUCAUGCUACUGUGAGAGAUCCAGAAUAUCCUGAUUUGUUUUGGGUUAAUGCGUUCGGACAACAUUUUGGAACAAUCAAAGCAAGUGACUUGGUAUUGGUGGAUCAUGAUGGUAAUAUUGUACGUGGUAAUCGAUUUGUGAACAAGGCAGCGUUUGUCAUUCAUGGUACUAUCCAUGCUGCACGUCAAGAUGUUCAAUGUGCUGUUCAUACACAUUCUAUGUAUGGAAAAACAUUUUCAAGUUUAGGUCGACCUUUACUCCCGAUUUCUCAAGAUGCAUGUGCCUUUUUUGAAGAUCAUAGUAUUUAUGAUCAAUUUGGAGGGGUUGUAUUUGAUGCUGAAGAAGGAAAACGUUUGGUGGCUGCAUUAGGACCCAAAAACAAGGCGAUUAUUUUACAAAAUCAUGGAUUAUUAACAACGGGUGAAUCGAUCGAUGCUGCUUUUUGGUGGUUUGUGUCUAUGGAACGAUGUUGUCAAUCUCAAUUGUUGGCAGAAGCAGCGGCUGUGAAUGGAUAUCAUGAUUUGAAAGUGAUUCCUGAUGAUAUUGCACGAGGGACUUAUCAAAAGGUCGGAACACCUUUAUCUGGUUAUGCACAAUUUCAACCUAUGUUUGAUAUGAUUAUCAAAGAACAACCUGAUUGUUUGGAUUGAUUGAAAUAAAAAAUAAA